AACAACAACCGCCAUACUGAUUCUAUUUUUUAACGGAAAAUAUUCAAUCGUUUACUGGAAGACGCUUUGUAGUUUGUCGUGUUGAGUUGUCGACGUUUUGUGUGUUAUGUCCGUUUCGGGUUAUCGUGCGCGUUGCUGUCCAAUGUCCAAUAACUUUUAAUCUUAAUGUUCUGUGUUAGGUAUAGGUCGGUCGGUGUCGAAAAAGUUCAGACUCGUUUGUCGUAACUAUACUUAGAAUAUAAUCUCCCAAACGUUUGGGUUUUCCGUUUUAACACUUUUACAUUAAACUUCCCGUACAAGUUGUUCCGCUCGAGCACUACGUCCACAACGUAAGUAUAUGUUAUUGUCGUGUCUACUGCUGUUGAAAAUUAUAUUCAGGUUCGUGCUGGCCAGUAUAGAAAAAUAUAUGAAAAUGGAUACAAAUAAACCCAUUCUAGUUGAAAAUGAAUAUGAUGAUGGUGUUGUUUGUUUUGGUCCAGUAACUGAAGAUCAAUUAAAUAGAUAUAAUAGAUUACCACGUCGCACCGUCUUACCUUCAGAUUUCGAAUUAAGCCAAUCCUUUUUUGAGCAAGAUGAAGAUAAGAAAAAUGAUCAGUCUACUGUCUUGGAUGAGUCUAAUGAAAACACAACAACAAGUGUUGAUAAUUCAAUUAAUAUAACUAUUUCAGCAAAUAAUUUUGAUGAAGAAAAAGAAAUCGGAACUAUGAAAUUAAAACAAAGCUUUCCUGAAGAUUCUAAUUCCAAAUUUUCUUCUCCGUGUUUCUCAAAAUGUAUGCCAAAUGCAAAGUUGAUGGAUACAGAAGUUAUUAAUAGAUACAUCAGAAUGAGAUCAACAUCGUCAAGUGAUUCUUCUUUAUCAGAAGACCAAAAUAAGUCUACAUUUGAAGAUGAAACCAUUAGCUUUACAGAUGCACAAGAAAUAGAGUCAAUUCAAGACAAUGAUGUCUUUGAUAAAACUAGUACCUGUGAACAUUUAUCUAUUUCAAGUGUGAUUGAGCAAGGCACUAGUAGCAGCCAACAAAAUGUAAUAAAUGAUUCUAUUAAUGUAUGCACUUUAAUACACUGUAGUCAAAAAGACGACGCAGAUUUAAGUAUUUGUAGUGACUCAGAACUUGGAGAUGUUACUGAGGAUUCAAUUGUUGCUGAUGAAUAUAGUGUUACACCUGGAAAACAGAGAUUGUUUGAUUUGCGAGUCACUAAACAAUCGCUUCGUGCUAAGGCUCUUGUAGCAUCUGCUCCAUUUAUGGAUAGAAUUGAGGAAACUACAACUCCUAUCAUGCCUACAGUUCUUAAUUCUACUAUAAUUUUAAAUAAAAUCAGUGAUGAACAAUCAGAAAUCAAGGAGAGGUUAAAUGUUUCAACAGUUAAUGAAAUAUGUCAUGAUAAAUCUACUGAGCAUUUAAAUCAAACUUCUAAUGAACAUUUGUUUGAAACUUCAAAGUUUGUUGAUGAAACUGUGGGAGAAUCAUUAGUAUCAAGCAAUUUAAAAAACAUGGUCUCUGUGAAUAAAAGUGUGGAUAGUAUGUUUGAUGAAACAAUAAACACGAAUCAACUUUCAACAGACAGCAGGGGUAUGAAUAUUAACAAAUCAUUAAUUAAAACUGAUCAAGUCGAAAAUACUUUAAAUGAUACAGUGCCCAAAUUUGAUAAUGAGCAGUCAAUGAAUAUCAAGACCAACAUUAGUAUUCCAACUGACGUAAAUUAUCAUUAUGGUAAAGAAUACUUACAUGGUGCACAAAUCGAUACUAAAUCAUCAAAUACCGGUGUGGAAGAUAAAAUAUUUGAUGAAACUUUGUACACUAAUGAACUUCCAAACAACAGAAGUAUGGAUUUGAAUCAGUCCUUAAAUGAAACUGAUCAUAUCCAAACUGCUAUAAAAGACACCGAGCAAAACUUUGAUGAUGAAACAAUGUAUACUAAUAAACCUUCUACAGACAACAGAAUUAUGGGUUUGAAUCAAUCUUUAAAUGAAACUGAGCACAAUUUUGAUGAUGAAAAGUCAAUGUGUAUCAUUUCCAACAAAGCUAUUCCAACUUCAGACUUAAGUUAUUAUAAUAAUGAAGAAUUCUCAGUUGCCAUGGAAGUUGACAUUAAAUCAACUAACACUAGUUAUGUGGAUAAAGAAUUUGAUGAUACGACAUACACUAAUAAACUUUCAACAGAUAACAGAAGCAUGGAUUUGAAUCAAUCUUUAAAUGAAACGAAUGUUGAAUAUACUUUAAAUGACACUAAGCAAACAUUUGAUGGUGAAAAGUCAAAUAUAACUAUUCCAACCUCAGACGUAAAUCAUUAUAACGAUGAAGAAUUCUCAGUUGCCAUGGAAGUUGACAUUAAAUCAACCAACACUAGUUAUGUGGAUAAAGAAUUUGAUGAUACAAUGUACACUAAUAAACUUUCAACAGAUAACAGAAGCAUGGAUUUGAAUCAAUCUUUAAAUGAAACGACUGUUGAAUAUACUUCAAAUGACACUAAGCAAACAUUUGAUGGUGAAAAGUCAAAUAUAACUAUUCCAACAUCAGUCAUAAAUCAUUAUAACAAUGAAGAAUUCUCAGUUGCCAUGGAAGUUGACAUUAAAUCAACUAGCUCUAGCUGUGUGGUUAAAGAAAUAAAUGAAACUGUGUGUACUCAUAAACUUUCAUUUAACAAUCAAAAUACUGAGCAAAAUGAUGACAAAAGGUCAACGUCUAUUACGUCAAAUAUAGCUAUUCCAACAUUCGGCUUAAUUGAUCUUAAUGAUAAAGAAGAAAACUCAAUUGUUACAGAAGUUGAUAUUAAAUCAAUUGAUACCAGUGUAGUUAAUAAAAUAUUAGAUGAAACAUUAUACACUCAAGAACCUUCAAUAAAUAACCAAAAUAUGAAUUUGAAUGAAACUAAUAUUGAAAAUACUUUAAAUGACACCAAACACAAAGUUGAUGAUGAAAAGACGAUAAAUGUCGUGUCCAACAUGUCUAUACCAACAACUGAUGUCAAAGGACAUAACAAUGAAGAAGAAAACUCAAUUGUUACAGAAGUCGAUAUUAAAUCAUUUGAUACCAGUGUAGUUAAUAAAAUAUCUAAUGAAGCAUUGUACACUCAUGAACUUUCAAUAAAUAAGCAAAAUAUGGAUUUGAAUAAAUCUUUAAAAGAAACUAAUAUUGAAAAUACUUCAAAUGACACUGAACUAAAAUUUGAUGAUGAAAAGUCAAUGAAUGUCGUAUUCAACAUGUCUAUACCAACAACUGAUGUCAAAGGACAUAACAAUGAAGAAGAAUACUCAAUUGUUACAGAAGUUGAUAUUAAAUCAAUUGAUACCAGUGUAGUUAAUAAAAUAUUUGAUGAAACAUUGUACACUCAAGAACUUUCAAUAAAUAACCAAAAUAUGGAUUUGAAUAAAUCUUUAAAAGAAACUAAUAUCGAAAAUACUUCAAAUGACACUGAACUAAAAUUUGAUGAUGAAAAGUCAAUGAAUAUUAUGUCCAACAUGGCUACACCAACAUCAGAUGUUAAAGGUCAUAACAAUGAAGCAUUCUCAGUUGCCAUGGAAGUUGAUAUUACAUCAACUAACACUAGUUGUGUAGAUAAAGAGUUAGAUGAAUCAGUAUACGCCAAUAAACUUGUAUCAAACGACCAAAGUAUUAUUUUGGAUAAAUCCUUAAAUGACACUGAACACAAAUUUGAUGAUGAAAAGUCAAUGAAUGUUAUGUCCAACAUGGCUAUAGCAACAUCUGAUGUCAAUGAUCAUAAUGAUAAAGAAAACUCAAUUGCCACAAAAAUUGAUAUUAAAUCAAUUAAUACCAGUAUAGUGGAUAAAAUAUUUGAUGAAUCAAUGUUAAUAAAUGCUAAUAAAAUUUUAAUAGACAGCAGAACUAUUAAUUGCAAUAAAUCCUUAAAUGAAACUAGAAGCGCUUCAAAUAUUACUGAACACAGGUUUAAGAAUAAUAUCCAAAACACCUCUGUUUCAGCAAUUAAUUUUGAUGAUAAUUUGGUUUUAAAUAAACUGGAUAAGAGUAUCUUAAAAACCCCAAUCAAUUCUGAUACUUCAUUUGUAGGAAUCAAUGAAGUUGAUAUAACCUGCAAUACAUCACUAGAAGACCCAUCAUGUAGAAUGAGACAAUAUUUAGACUUUGAACAAGCUGUAAAUGAAAUGUGCAAUGAUAUUUCAUCAGCAAGUUGUCCUGAUGGAAAAUCAAAUCAGCCAAAAGAAAGUCUUGACGAUGAAACUAUUGAACGCUUGAUUGAACAAACGCUUUCUUCUGAUACAUUCAAUGUAGCAAAAGUAAAUGAAAAUUUCUCCAAUUAUGUUGGACCAAACUUAUCGGUCAUUAUUGAAGAUAAUAAAUCUUUGGAAACUUCUCGUAACAACACGGAACUGCAUGAAGAUUCUGUAAACUCCAAUAAUGAUAUACCAAUUACUUUGGAGUCUGAAAGUACUGUUAAUGAAGUCAAUGAUACUGAAUUGUUGAAUAAAUCAACAGUAACUACUUCUUCAAAAUCUGAAGUGGGUUUAGCAUAUGGAACAGAUGUUAAUAUUCAAAUCAAAGCAAAUGAGACAAAACAUAAUGGAAGUCCAAUGUUUAGUGAUGAAUUAUCAAAAAUAGAACUUCAUACAUUUACCCAAACAAAUAAAAACUUGAAUAAUAUCCCUGAAGAUGUCAAUGAAGUACAUUUAAUACAAGAUACUUCUGAUGAAAACGACUUAAAUCCAAUAGCCAAUCAAAUUACAGCUGGCAUUCCUAACUCCGCUGAUUUUAAACUUAUUUCAAAUACAGAAAUAACUCAAAAAAACUUAACUGAUCAAGAUGAAUUACUUAAUAAUGAUAAUCAGCAACAAGAUUUAUUAGAUGCAACUACAAAUAUUGAUAGUAGCUUAGAAGAAUUUACAAAUCUGGAACAGAUGUUUGAUUUUGGAGACAAUAAAAAAGAAAAACAAGUGGAAUAUAAGACUCCCAAGACAGAAAAACUAUUGGAUUUUAGUAUUGUUCAACAAACACCCACUUUUGACAAUGAAGCAAAGAAACAAAAGGUAUUAAAUUUCAGUAUUGUUGAUCCAACACCAAUAUUAAAAAAGGCCCAACAAAUAUAUCCAAAUGAAAAUGUUGAAAAUGUUAUAAAAAAUGCCAGUUUAAUACGUUUUAGCUCAGCUGAUGAACAAAUGUGGAAUUCAGAAGUAGUGACAAAAAAUGAAAUUAAUUUUAAAGAUUUUCAAAACUCCAAUGAUUCUUCAUUAAACAAUCUAUCAACAAUUUCACCUCCAGAUUUGGAAUUAUUACCUGAUGAGUCAAUUAAAGCAAAUACAUCUAGUUUCAGUAACUCAUCUUUUGAUCAAACAAUAACUGAUUCUAAUUUAAAUCUGCCUUCAUAUUCUUGUGCAAAUAGUAUAACAGAAUUAAAUAAUGUGGAACCAUUGAUGUUCAUCAACAAACAAAUUGCUUCUGGUGAGCCUUCCAACUCUUUAAAUCAAACAAUUGAACAAAGUGAAUUAAAACAUAAAAUGUUGUAUGGUGAACACUGUGUGGCAAAAGCAUCUACUACAGGUUUAAAAUCGGACUUAAAACUGUUAUCAAAUACUACGUUGAAUAAAAAUAUUGAUUUUGUAGAGUUUAAAGAGGAUUCAAACCAACAACUGCGUUUUAACUCAAAUGAACAAGCCAUUGUGGAUUUCAGCAUUAUUGACCAAAGAAUAUUGGAAAAUUUUGAAUCAAAAAAAAAAACUGAUCAAACAUCUGUUGAAUCUGAUAGUAAUGUUUCUAAUCUAAUUGAAAUGUCUCUUGUUUCUAAAUCUGAUGAUCAAUCAAAUAUUUUAUCUAAAAAUCAAAUUAUUCCCAUCAUUUCUGAUAAUAAAUCUGAAAAAUCUAUGCAAAGUAGUUCUGAUGACAUUACUAGCACGGCUUUACACUUAGAAGAAUCUUCAUUUUUGCACAACAACACUGAAUUGUUAACUGAUGUACAGAUGAACGAUGAAUCACUUCUAAUGGAAUCGCCAGAAAAAAGUUCAAUUGUUGAUUCUUUUCAUAGUAUAGAAUUGGAUCAUGUACAGGAAGAUAAUAAAAGGAAAACAGAGACUACUCGAGAACAUGAUAACAUCAACAAAAAAAUGAAGGUAGAAGAGAGUGAGACCCUGAAGACACCAAUGUCGAUGCUCUAUAAAAUUAAAAAUAUGUUCAGGAGCAGUGAAAAACAGCCAUCCCGCUUAAACAAUACAAAAGAAAACAAUUUCAAAUCAGAUAAAUGCUAUCAAAAAUUAAACUUUAACAAAUUCGAAGAAAAUAAUGAUUUUGCUAAACCACCAAUAACUUUAAAAAAAUCAGAAGUUACAGUAAAAAGUAAAAUACCUUGCAAAGUCACCGAUAGAUCAUUAGCAAAAAAUGAUGAGUUUAAUAGUUCAUCACUAUCAUCCUUGAAUGAUAGUAUUAAACAAAAAAAGACCAUACCAAAGUUCUCGGGAGUUCCUGUAUUAUCUGAUGUAUCUAAUUCAUCCAACAGAAAAUGUCCAGAAAGUCGUAUACCAUCCAAAUUCCAAAAAUAAUGUGCAUAAAAAUGUUUUUAUAAUUAUUAUUUGAUUUUUAUUUUAGUUAAGUUAUUUACUAUGAGAAUAAGGAUAAUGUAUAAGAAAAAAAAUCUACAUGUAGGUAUACAUAUUAUUAUAAUGCCCUAAAAAGAGUUAAAAAUUUUAUAAUUUUUAU